AUGCUUCAAAAAGCAAUUAUGCAUUCUCACACAUCGCCAUUAAAACUAAAGCCUUCUCGAUGGUUCACUAAAGAAUUUUACUUUUACUAUAUUUGUUUUUGCGUUGUUGUGCCUUAUAUGUUUAAAGUAACAUAUAAUCUAAGCCAGCUAAUAGCUACACAUCCUAAUUACGCUCUAUAUGAAUCCUACUUAUCAAAGGGCUGGAUACACGGUAGACAACUGGACAAUAGUGACGCCCAAUACUCUCAAUUCCGUGAUAAUAUACCCAAGCUUGUUCCACUUGUUCUUAUACAUCUUCUCAUUAACAAAGCCAAUAGCCAUUUUCAUUGGAUCUCUUCAAAACUUCGAUUUUCAUUACUUACUUCCAUUAUCGUCUUGUUUUUAUUUCAUGGUGCCAGUGCGUUCAAAUAUCUAUUCAUCAUCACAGCUAGUUUUAUGAUUGGUUAUUAUCUAAAAGGCUCACGAUGGAACCCUAUUAUAACUUGGACGUUUAAUCUUUUAAUAUUGUUCAUUAAUGACUAUUAUGAUGGCUAUCGAUUUGAACACAUUCUAGGCAGUCAAUAUUCAUGGUUAGAUCGUUGGGAAGGUUUUCAGGCACGUUGGCAUAUUUUAUUUAAUUUCGCAAUACUUCGUCUCAUCUCUUUUAAUCUUGAUUAUUAUUGGGCUUGUCGUUCUCAUCAAAAAGUUUAUCAAAUGCCACAUUCUGACAAGGAGCGCAUUAAUACAUCUUUACUAAUUGGCGAUUAUAAUUAUUUAAAUUUUUUAGCUUAUGUAUUAUAUACCCCACUUUUAUUAUGUGGACCUAUAAUUACAUAUAAUGACUUUAUAUCACAGUUUCGAUCCCCUUCUCAUCAUCUCACUAGGAAAUAUAUAAUAACUUAUGCGAUUCGUCUCGUCUUUAUUAUUCUUGUUAUGGAGUUAACUUUACAUUAUCUAUAUGUUGUUGCUAUCAGUAAAGCCAAAGCCUGGGAAGGCGCAUCUCCAAUUGAACUCAGUAUGAUUGGCUAUUUUAAUUUAGUUAUUAUUUGGAUGAAGCUACUUAUACCCUGGCGAUUCUUUCGUUUAUGGUCGCUGACUGAUGGUAUUUGGGUCGAGGAAAACAUGAUUCGUUGCAUGAGCAAUAAUUUUUCCGCUCAAAGAUUUUGGAAGAGCUGGCAUAGAAGUUUUAAUAGAUGGACAAUUCGCUAUAUUUAUAUUCCUUUAGGUGGAUCUCAGUAUUUUGCAUUCAGUAUGUGGAUCGUCUUUACGUUUGUAGCAUUAUGGCAUGAUAUAGAAUUGAAAUUGUUAGCAUGGGGUUGGUUGAUUUGUAUAUUUUUAUUACCUGAAAUCAUCGCCACUCGACUAUUUAGUGAGAAAAAGUUUGGGGAUAAACCCUAUUAUAGAUUUGUAUGCGGUUUAGGAGCAGUAGGAAAUAUUUUAAUGAUGAUGAUUGCAAACUUGGUUGGAUUUGCUGUUGGAUUAGACGGUGUAAAAGAAAUGCUAGUUAAAAUAUUUGGUACUACUAAUGGUCUAUUCUUUUUAAUCUCUGUGAGUAUUUGCUUAUUCAUUGCGGUUCAAAUCAUGUUUGAAAUUCGUGAAAGUGAAAAGAGAAGAGGUGAUCCAAAAUGGAAAAUGUAG